GCUUCGAGAGGCUCAUCAGGCGAAAGGGCGUGGAAGCCACUGGGACCUUAAGACUCGGUGGGCCCUACCCCGCUUCCCUCCGGGUGGCGGCGCUGUGACGAGCGACUGACAGGCGCAACGAAAGGCAGCCCUCUGCCGUCUGGAGAAAAACGGGAGGCCUGGGCUACCCCGCCUCGGGAGGAGGGAACCGAGGGCAGUGCUUGGGGCGAAGGCUGAAGGCGCGCGUGGGAGGCGGGGGCCCUGGGUGGAACGAGGGUUACAGGAUGUCCGAGAAAGAUGCCUCCCGGGAAGAGGCGGGCUAAAGCCUGGAUGCCAUCACCGGCCUCAAGACACGUGGGAGACGGGGAUGAGGCUGGUGUCAAAGCUCAAGGGUUCCAUGCCCGGAGUUCAGGGAGUUAGUUUGAUGUAGGAGGCCAUAGGUCUCAUACAGAGGGAUCCCAGUCACCAUGGAGGACCCGCAUCCUGAAGAGACCAUGGAGCAGCAGGAUUCGUCCAAGGAGAGGAGUCCCCGCAGUCCAGGAGACGACAUCUGCCACCUGGGGGCCCCGCAGUGCACCCGCUGCCUCAUCACCUUCGCCGAUUCCAAGUUCCAGGAGCGUCACAUGAAGCGGGAGCACCCAGCGGAUUUCGUGGCCCAGAAGCUGCAGGGGGCCCUCUUCAUCUGCUUCACCUGCGCCCGGUCCUUCCCCUCCUCCAAGGCCCUGAUCGCCCAUCAGCGCAGCCACGGUCCAGCCGCCAGGCCCUCCACGCCAGUGGCGCCCACCGCUGCCCAGCCUACAUUCCCCUGUCCUGACUGUGGCAAGACCUUUGGGCAGGCUGCUUCUCUGAGGCGGCACCGCCAGGCGCAUGAGACCCGCACCCCUCCUGGCCCCUUUGCCUGCACUGAGUGUGGUCAGGACUUUGCCCAGGAAGCGGGGCUGCAUCAACACUACAUCCGGCAUGCCCGGGGGGAGCUCUGAGUGAGGGCUAAGCCCUCCCUAGGGCAGUGGGUGUGGGGGAGGGUUCUUUGGCUGCUAGAACCCACCUCUGAUAUGGGACGGGGGCCUUGGAAGGAUUUGCUUCCCUCCCUGGACAAGCAAAGGACUCCUGAUAAGUAGGACCCAGAAGAUGCUCAUCUACAGCUUCAGUCUUUGGAGGACACAAAGGCCUUCAGGGAUAUAGUGAAAUUAGUGAAAUCUUUUGUUUAAAAAAAAAAAUGAGCAAGCAAAAGGGAAAACUGUUAUUUGUAUCUCUCUCAUUCCCAAUUAAAUAGUUUGAAAUCGGG